UAAAAAAAAGUAGCCGUCUUCUCAUUCUCCCGCUCCACUUCCCAAAAUCUUCCCUCUCAAAUCUCCAUCUCAAAAUUUCAUCUUAUUUUCCAUUUCAUUGUUCCAAGUGUCGUUUCCAUUCAAUUCACCAUUUGGGUUUUCUCCCUGCUUUACCCAGUGGUCAAGCCCAAGGAAGAACAAUCCGCUCAAUCUACAAUUAACCAUCCAAAUCACAAGGGUUUAGCUAAGUUUGUUGAUUAGAGUGUGAAUAUGAUGGAGGAAGAUGCCAAAGCACAGCCGAAGGCUACAGAAAUCCAGGCAAAGAAAACCCUGGUUUCUCAGUUGCCUUGUGACGGCGAUGGCAUUUGCAUGCUCUGCAAGGCCAAGCCUUCUGACUUGGAGACGAUCACUUGCAAAACUUGUGUCACCCCUUGGCAUGUUAGUUGUCUCUCAAAUCCCCCUGAAACCCUGGCAUCCACCCUUCAAUGGGACUGUCCUGAUUGUUCCACCCCUCCUGAAGAUGUUCCCCUUCCUCCGCCAGGCAACCAUUCACUUCCAACUGAUCGUUCUAGUGACCUUGUUGCAGCGAUUCGAGCCAUUGAGGCAGAUGUUUCCCUUACUGACCGUGAGAAGGCAAAGAAGCGCCAGGAACUUCUCAGUGGAAAGUUGCAGUCAGACAAGGAUGACCAUGAUACCAACAAGGAAAAGAAAAAAAAGGGGGACGAUGUUUUUGAUUUGUUUGACGAGAGAUUGAACUGCUCCUUCUGCAUGCAGUUACCAGAUAGGCCUGUCACUACACCAUGUGGCCACAAUUUCUGCUUAAAAUGUUUCCAGAAGUGGAUUGGACAAGGAAAGAACACUUGUGCAAAGUGCCGCUGCGUGAUUCCCUCCAAAAUGGCUAGCCAGCCCCGUAUUAACUCCACCCUUGUAGUGGCCAUUCGUAUGGCUAAAUUGUCAAAAUCAUUUGCUUCCGGUGGACCUCAGAAGGUCUAUCAUUUUGUCCACAAUCAAAAUAGACCAGAUAAAGCCUAUACCACUGACCGGGCACAAAGAAAAGGAAAAGCUAAUGCUGCAAGUGGAAAAAUAUUUGUUACAAUUCCAUCUGAUCAUUUUGGUCCUAUUACUGCCGAAAAUGAUCCUGAGAGAAACCAGGGUGUUCUGGUUGGUGAAUGCUGGGAGGAUAGGCUAGAAUGUCGUCAAUGGGGUGCUCACUUUCCACAUGUUGCAGGUAUAGCAGGACAGUCAAAUAUUGGUGCACAGUCGGUGGUUCUUUCUGGUGGCUACCAAGACGAUGAAGAUCAUGGGGAGUGGUUUCUCUACACUGGAAGUGGGGGUCGAGACCUUAGUGGGAACAAGCGUACAAGCAAGGAUCAAUCUUUCGACCAGAAAUUUGAAAAAUCAAACAAAGCACUACAAGUUAGUUGUGCAAAAGGUUAUCCAGUUAGGGUUGUUAGAUCUCACAAAGAAAAGCGUUCCUCGUAUGCUCCAGAGAAGGGAUUGCGGUAUGAUGGAGUUUAUAGGAUUGAGAAGUGUUGGCGUAAAGUGGGAAUUCAGGGCUUUAAGGUAUGUCGCUAUUUAUUUGUUAGAUGCGACAAUGAUCCUGCUCCAUGGACAAGUGAUGAACAUGGAGACCGACCUAGACCCUUACCUGCAAUUUCAGAGUUGAAAAAAGCUACAGAUAUUACAGAGAGGAAGGAAGGUCCAUCAUGGGACUUUGAUGAGAAAGACGGUAAAUGGAAGUGGCUCAAAGAUCCACCAACGAGCAAGAAACCAGUUGAAGCUCAAGAUUCUACUGGGAAGAGGACAAGGAUAAAAAGGAAAUCAUAUAAUCUGAGUGUCCGAGAAAAGUUACUGAAAGAGUUUAGCUGCCUUAUUUGCCGGGAGGUGAUGACUUUGCCAAUUACUACGCCUUGUGGUCAUAACUUUUGCAAGUCAUGCUUGGAAGGCGCUUUUGUGGGGAAGACAUUCUUGAGAGAGAGAAAAACUGGUGGAAGGUCUCUUAGAUCUCAAAAGAAUGUCUUGAGUUGUCCUUGUUGCCCCACGGAUAUCUCUGAUUUUCUACAGAAUCUUCAGGUAAAUAGAGAGUUGUUGGAUGUGAUAGAGUCGUUAAAAAGUAAGAUUGAAGAAGGGGAUGAUGCAUCUGAGAAGCUGUGUGAAGAAGAGAGAGAUGGGGAAGAGGAGGAAGAUAAGGAUGAGGAAGAGGAUGAAGGGAAGGGAAAAGAUGAAAGCAGUAGUCCUGUCGAAACAAGAAAACGAGCAAAGGUGGACGAUUCGGAAUGAAAGAAGUAAACAAGUGGUGUUUUUUGGGGCCUUGGCUGGGCCUGGAGAAGUAGAGAUGACUGAGAUUUUGUAUUCUGAUUGAUGGGUAUUUACCAUAAUUUUAGGUAGAUAUGAAUGUGGCUCAUGUGAUUUGAUUUGAACACAGUAUAAGGUGACCGUGUUGUUAACUUGUUGGAGAUAUGGUAGGUAGACACAUAUUUUAGUUGUAUUGUCUCUUUAGACAACAUGUGUGUAAAUUGGUCAGUUCAGUUGAACUCUAUUUUGUAA